AUGGCGCCUAUAACCAAAAUUCUCUCGUUGCUCAGUAGCGCAUCACUCAUCAGCGCUAUCGUCAUUCCUGAAAGCACUCUCGACUUUCCCGUUGCACACGAUACACACGCAUCUAUUUCCGAUGAAAAAGGUCCUCUUCCAAGCAUCUUUAACCUCACCCUAUCCGGCAAUGUCCAUUCAACCACAAAGUCAUCCGACGAUGAUGACGAUACUCCCCUUCCCUUGAUUAUAUGGCAUGGUCUUGGCGAUAACUACAAGGCAGAUGGUCUUGCGCAGAUCGGAGAAUUAGCUGAAGCUAUUCAUCCUGGAACUUUUGUCUAUAAUAUUCAUAUUGAUGAUGAUGCAUCUGCAGACAGGACUGCUACCUUCUUUGGAAAUCUCACUCUGCAAAUUGAAAAAGUCUGUUCAGACCUCGCCUCCCAUCCUAUCCUCUCCACCGCCCCCGCCGUCGAUGCAAUCGGUUUCUCCCAAGGCGGCCAAUUCCUGCGCGGUUACAUAUCCCGCUGCAAUUCUCCCCCCAUCCGCUCUCUCCUAACCUUCGGUUCCCAACACAACGGCAUCUCCUCCUUCCAAGCCUGCACUCCCACCGAUCUCCUCUGCCGCGGCGCUCAAUCCCUCCUCCGUUCCAACACCUGGUCCACCUUCGUACAAUCCCGUCUCGUACCCGCUCAAUACUUUCGCGACCCUGAAAACCUAGAUUCUUACCUCGAAUUUUCCAAUUUCCUCGCCGACAUCAAUAAUGAGCGCAUCCUUAAAAAUAAGAUAUACAAAUCUAACAUGGAGAAGUUGGAACGAUUCGUAAUGUACAUCUUUGAAGAUGAUACAACUGUAAUCCCCAAGGAAAGCGGAUGGUGGGCUGAAGUUAACGGCACGGAAAUUACACCACUAAAAGAAAGAGCGAUUUACAAAGAAGACUGGGUAGGAUUAAAGACGUUGGAUGAGGCAGGAAAGUUAAUUUUUGAAACGAUUCCGGGGGGUCAUAUGACGUUGGGAGAAGAGAUGUUAGAGAAGGCAUUCAGGGAGUAUUUUGGUCCUUUGGGAAAGAAGUUUGGAGAGAAACAGCCCGAGGAAGGGACCGGGCAUGAGGAGGAAUUGUAA